UGGUUUUAUUUCCAGGCUGAAAUAUACUGAAAUGGAAAUGCGUAACAGACAAGUCAAUCAUGCUCGCAAUUUAUGGGAUAGAGCCGUGACAAUACUCCCAAGAGUGUCUCAGUUUUGGUACAAGUACACUUAUAUGGAAGAAAUGUUGGAGAAUGUUGCUGGAGCAAGACAGGUUUUUGAAAGGUGGAUGGAGUGGCAACCAGAUGAACAAGCAUGGCAAACAUACAUUAAUUUUGAAUUAAGAUACAAAGAGCUGGACAGAGCUAGACAGAUAUAUGAAAGAUUUGUCAUGGUUCAUCCUGAUGUUAAACAUUGGAUUAAAUAUGCAAAAUUUGAAGAAAACCAUGGAUUUAUAAAUAGUGCAAGGAAAAUAUAUGAGAGAGCUGUAGAAUUCUUUGGAGAUGAAGAAUUAGACGAAAGACUUUUUAUCGCCUUUGCAAAAUUUGAAGAAAACCAGAAAGAACAUGAUAGAGCCCGAGUUAUUUACAAAUAUGCUUUGGAUCACAUUUCUAAGGACAGGAACAAAGAAUUAUAUAAAGCUUAUACAAUACAUGAAAAGAAAUAUGGUGAUAGAUCUGGUAUUGAAGAUGUUAUUGUCAAUAAAAGAAAAUACAUGUACGAACAAGAAGUAAUUGAGAAUCCUACUAACUAUGAUGCUUGGUUUGAUUAUAUAAGACUAGUUGAAAAUGAAGGAAAUGUAGAUGACAUAAGGGACACAUACGAGAGAGCAAUUGCAAAUGUUCCACCUUCAAAAGAUAAACAGUUCUGGAGGAGAUACAUUUACUUGUGGAUCAAUUAUGCUUUAUAUGAAGAAUUGGAAGCAGAAGAUGUUGAUCGUGCAAGACAAGUAUAUAAAACUUGUUUGGAACUAAUACCACACAAAAUAUUUACUUUUUCAAAAAUCUGGUUAAUGUAUGCCCAAUUUGAAGUUAGAUGCAAAAAUUUAAAACAAGCCAGAAAAACGUUAGGAAUGGCACUUGGAAUGUGUCCCAGAGAUAAACUUUACAGGGGUUAUAUUGAUCUAGAGAUACAGUUAAGAGAAUUUGAUAGAUGUAGAAUUUUGUACCAGAAAUUUCUAGAGUAUGGUCCUGAAAAUUGCGUUACCUGGAUAAAAUUUGCAGAACUCGAAACCUUACUUGGUGAUAUAGACAGAGCCAGAGCCAUAUAUGAGAUUGCAGUGAAACAAGCAAGACUAGAUAUGCCUGAAUUAUUAUGGAAAAGUUACAUUGACUUUGAAGUUUCUCAAGGUGAAACUGACAAAGCAAGACAACUCUAUGAAAGACUUUUGGAAAGAACUGUGCAUGUAAAAGUAUGGCUCUCUUAUGCAAAAUUUGAGUUAAACUCAGAAAACGCUGACAACAUCAAUGUUGAUUUAGCACGUCGUGUAUAUGAGCGAGCAAAUGAUAGCCUUCGUAGUGCUGGUGAGAAAGAGUCUAGAGUUCUACUUUUGGAGGCAUGGAGAGAUUUUGAAACUGAAAUAGGUGAUGAAGAAAAACUUGAAAAAGUUUUGUCAAAGAUGCCUCGACGAGUGAAAAAGAGACAAAAGGUUGUCAGCGAAGGUGGUGUGGAAGAAGGAUGGGAAGAAGUAUUUGAUUAUAUUUUCCCUGAAGAUGAAAUGGUCAGACCCAACUUGAAACUCCUUGCAGCUGCAAAACAAUGGCGGAAAAAGCAAGUGCUACCAGAAAAUACAGAAACAAAUGAAAACCAAGAGGAGAAAGUAAAUACACCCAACACUCCUCCAUCAGAAGAAAAUGACAAAAAUUUUGAAAAUGUAUCACAAUAAAUUGAUGAUACUUGAAGACGAAAUUUAAUCAUCUUAGUUGCUAUUUUACCUAAUUGUCAGGGACACGUAAAUUAUAAUAAAGAUAAAAUUUAAACAAAA